CCUCGUCAUCAUAAAAGCUAGCUACAAGCCCGGGCGAACUUAGUGAGGUCGAAACAGUUACUUUCCAUCCAUCCACCAUGAUUUCAUGGGCGUCGUCUCUGCCUCAGAAACUCGCCGUGGCGGCCGUUCUUCUUGUCCUGUCCGUGGCCAUCGCGGCGUCGCCUGCGCCUGCGCCGGCGAACCAGAGUAGCUGCUACAAGCAUCUAUUCAGCUUCGGUGACUCUCUGAUCGACACAGGCAACUACAUCGUGCACUUCUCCGCGGCACCGGGUCCAGUCGUGGAGUUGCCAUACGGCCAGACCUUCUUCGGCCGGCCCACCGGCCGCUGGUCCGACGGCCGCCUCAUCGUGGACUUCAUCGUGGAGAGGCUGGGUUUCCCGUACUGGCCAGCGUAUCUGCAGGCGGCGGCCGGGAAGUCGCCGGCAGAGGAGUUCCGGUACGGCGUGAAUUUCGCUGUGGCCUCGGCCACGGCGUUGAGCCAGGAUUUCUUCAGGAAGAAGCACCUCCGUGUUGACCUGAUGCCCCCCUACUCCCUUGGCGUCCAGAUCGGGUUGUUCAAGAAAGUUCUCGCCGUGCUCGGCUCCACGGACCAAGAGAGGAAGGCGGCAAUGGCGAGCUCGCUGUUCCUGGUGGGGGAGAUUGGCGCCAACGACUACAUCCAACCCUUGUUCCAGAACAAGACGCUUGAAUGGGUCAGGCCCCUCGUACCCCGGAUCAUCAGGUCCAUCGCUCUGUCCAUCGAGGCUCUAAUCGAGCUGGGUGCCAAGACCAUGUACGUGCCAGGCAUCUUCCCCAUGGGGUGCACCCCGCUGUUCCUCGGCAUCUUCCCCGGCGACGAUCGCGACCCCGCCACAGGCUGCCUCCGGUGGCUCAAUGACCUCACCCUCGUCCACAACCACAUGUUGAAAUCCCAGCUCAACGAGCUCCGCCGCAACCAUCCGGGCGUUUCCAUCACUUACGUCGACUACUAUGAGGAGAUUCUCAGCCUCGUCACCAAGCCGGUGGAGAAUGGGUUCACUGCGGAGACGGUGCUGGAUGCGUGCUACCCGGUCUUCGUUCCUGGGAGGGAGGUGGUGCGGUGCCCGGACCCGUCGAGGUACGUGUCAUGGGAUGGUGUACACUUGACGGAGGCAGCAUACAAGAUCAUGGCCCACGGGAUGCUUGACGGCCCGUUUGCCAUACCGCCCAUCAUGUCCACGUGCAACCGCAACUGCUAGACUUGCGUGCCUUAGAGAGAUGCUACACCUAUGAAUGAUUUACUAUGGAAUUGGUUUUA